UUUUAUGAAAUUCACUGAGGAGGAUGGUCCUCCCCUUCCUCCUCUGAUGAGCCUCCACUGGCUAAAAGAUUACCAAAAUGUUCAACCAUUAAUUGUGUUGAUUUAAUGUUUUAUAGAGCACAAACAAAACAUAAUUGGGUUAUAUCUAUUUUGUAGUCUCGGAAAUCCCAGACCUAGCUAGGGCACCAGCACUGUGCUGGAACAUUGUAAGAUUGUGGGAGGUAACCCAUCUGUCUAGAGACUCUAGUGAGACUAGCUGGAACAUUGUAAGAUUGUGGGAGGUAACCCAUCUGUCUAGAGACUCUAGUGAGACUAGCUACAGUAUUUAGUGACUGGGGAGAAAUACUUUUUUAUCCUAAUAUAUAGUAGGAGAACUUGAAAUAUGUGGCUGCAAGUUCCCAUGUAUAUAGUAUUAAGAAAUUAUAUAUAUAUAUWUUUUUUAAAGCUUUCAGUCAAGUCAAGCGUUGAAGAUUUUAUCAGCAGUAUAGCUCUAGGAUGGUUACAUGACUCAAUUACAUGUCCAAAGGGAAGCUUUCUCUGGCUGUUCUUGCUAAGAAUAGUGAAUCAAAACACACUGACUGAUGACUGUUAUGUGACAUUUUAUUUUACCAACUUUAUAUUGUUGCAAUCUUUAUGUUAAGAACUAUUCUUGCGUGCAUAUGUGAUCGGCUAUGUGGCUGGGUGCAAAUACAUAUGAGUAAAUAUUAAUGACUCUCAACUUCUUYUGGCUGGGAGGUAUAUUGAAGAAGCGUAUGAAUGAGUUGAGUUCUACUUGUUCCAUCUGGCUGGCUGCUCUUUUCUGUCCCCUUCCAGAUGCCUCUAAGGUACAGCUGCUUUCUCCUUCCAUCUGGCUGGCUGUUCUCUUUUGCCCCUUGUUGCUAGCCGCCUUAUCUGAUGUACGGGCAGAGCCCCCUUCACUCUGGCUGGCUGUUGUCUUCAGUCCGCUGCUGCCAUGGACGGGUUUUGUCCCCUGUCGCAGCUUGAUAAGCUUGAGGAUCCAUUUAGGCCUCUGCAGCUGGCUCCAUUUCUUUUCCAGCUCCUUUCUUUUAAUUUCUUUCUUUUUGAUAUCUUGCAAUAAUUWAAUUUCUUGUUUGUUUAUGUUAUUCAGCUGCUUCUCUGUCAGGGGGAAGCCAAUCAUCCUCAGGAUCAUCCUGAUUUCAUUGCGGUUGCUGGAGUCAACAAGCACGAUGGACUCAUAUAGGACUUUAGCCUUUUGGGACUUUGGGGGGUGGUACAGGUCAGCAGUAGCCCUGUGAGAGGCUUUUCCCUUUGAUGGAGGUGUUGCUUUGCUGUUACCCCUGGACACCAGAAACUUGACCUCUAGGCCUCUGUCACUUUGGRGCCUGGGGUUCCCUGACUUGUAUGCUAUGGAUAUCUGUAAAUUGGAGAGCGAGAGAAUAKUCKGAGUUUACAAACAAGUUGAAUUUACACUAAAUACAUUAAUAUCUUGAUUUGGAAGGCUGAGGGUGAACUUUGACCAGUACUGAACAUUUUAAAGCACUUUUUUAGAAUGGCUUUAACAGGCAAAACCAGUCCACUUUGACUAUCAUUUUAGGAUAAAAGUAGCUUAAACUUGUUUAUUGUAAAGAAUACAAAUAAUAAUAAUACUCACAGUUUCCAUUUCAGGCAUUUAUAUGUAGAAAUUGCUUUCAUUUAAAGUUUGUUGAUAAAAGUUAUUUUAGGUUUGAUCCGUAGCUAUGUUUAUUCCAUAUUCAUAUUCUGUGUUGGUGCUUUUCCAAAUAUUCUGGAACGAUGCAUCAUAAUGGAGGUGCGUAUAUAAUAGUCUUUGGGAGCGUCCAUUCMUAGUAUCUCACAGCUUUGCUGUCAUAUGAUUUGUUUCAGGUAUCAAGGUGCAAGAUUAUCCAGAUCCCUCCAAAUAAAUAAUAUAAAUAGAGUUUUUUUUGUGUUAUUUUGUUCGUUUGUUUCGUUUUUCUUUUACAAAAACCAAGACAAAUAAUAUAAUAAAUAAUCUGUGUGCGUACGUGCAAUUGUCAAUGUUUCCUCCAUCCAUUAAAUCCACAACUGUUAGAAAACAACCUGGUUAAUCAACUUGAAAGAUUGUGUGUGUGGUUAAUAACACAAACAUUUACUGUAGGCUGCUGUAUCAACGUGAAUGGAAUAGUCUACCCUUGCACUGCUGAUAGCAGGCCCACUGUACCGGAGGCCUCGAAGCAUGAAAGCCCAGAAACGCAAAUCGAGCACCCCAAAACCACGGCCCAUGUGUUCUAAAGCCUUAAAGAGGGAUGAGACAACCUGUGCCCCCCAGAUCUCCAAUGGUGGUCCACUCUGCACUCUUUCUGUUUACAGACAUAUCUCCAUUUCCACCCCUGCUAAGGGAAAGGGCUUUGGGAUGACGGUCCCAGAUGGGCUGUCACAAAGGAGACACUCUCCCAGGCUAGGUUAAGAAUGGGGAUGUUUGUCAGCUAUAUCCCAGYCCCUCCGAGGCAGAAGAGGAGGACACAGAACUGGGCCUGGUAAUCACCUUUGAGCAUCCCCACCUGGAAUAUUUCUCCUAUCAAAAGGGCCCUUGAAGUGAAGCCCCCCAGUUUGUUGACAUCCCUCUGGAGGAGGAGGAGGACUGCUCUGAUGAAGAKUACUGCCCCGAUGAGGAGGAUGAGACUGCAGAGGAGACGUUUUGGAGAGACGUGGACAGCACAGGCUCGUCGCCACAGUGUGCCCGAGGGGCGCGGCCCAGAACCCCUGGACACUCUUGAGUGUGACGAAAACAGAUUUGACAGUCCCCGACAGAAGCCAAGGCAGCCCAGACAUCUGAGGGUGGAGACUGUUCCUCUGGGGCCCCCUCCGGCCCCUCAGGGCCCAAGACUGCACCUUCCUGGAGAAGCUUCACGCAGUGGAGGAAGAGCUGGAACUCAGCCCCAUCUGCACCGAACUCUUCCAGCCUUUGACUGGAGGUGGAGGGUCUAGCCUGGUGGCGUGUUGUACMCGCUCCAAACGGACCCUGAGGAACGUGCCCCUGGGCAAGCUGGAGGCGGAGCUACAUGCCCCUGACAUCACGCCUGACAUGUACGACUACAGCAUGGCCCUGGAGGACUGCGACUGGAGCAAGUGGCUGCAGGGCCUCAUGACAUCUGACAUGGAGAAUGACGAAGAGGGUGAUGAUGAUGACGACCCAGAGUAUAAUUUCCUGGAGGAUCUGGAUGAGCCUGACCGAGAGGACUACAGGAACGACCGGGCCGUACGCAUCACCAAAAAGGAAGUGAACAAGCUAUUGGAGGAGCUUUUCGAGACAUUCCAGGAUGAUGAGCUAAUAGUGAAUGGGCAGGAUGACGAUGGGCACGAAGAAGAUGAAGAGAGGGAGGAAGCUGCUCCACCCCUGAGCGCUCUGCAAUUCAACGUUCCACAAGCCAUUCGGUUUCAGGAGCCACUGGCUAACAUGCUAACAGAGGCGGCGUACUGUGAGGGAGGAAAUGGAGGCUCUGCAGCAGAGGAGAGCCCUCCUGGGUCCCUGGCCGUUCCACCCCCAUCGUCACGGUAUCACCCCCCAUGGUGCUGCUGCCACCUCUGCCCUGCCCCGUCCUCACGCUCGACCACACCCAGAAACUCCAGCUGCGGCAGCAAUUCCAACAGGAGGAGCUCCAGGCGUUUGCCCAGCGAUCAGGUCAGUCCGGGACCCAGGCUUCAGCAGCAUCUUGAGGGCCUGUAACCUCCAGGGGSCGCUGUCUCUGGUCCAGGAGCAGGAGAGCUCUGUCUCGCCAACCCCCCCUGCCAGGCCUCAAACACGCUCUAACAAUGAGCUCCUGCCCCACUGCAGCCUGGACCCUGCACUGCACCCUCCACGCACCAAGAACAACUUCUACACAUGCGGAGAGGACAGACUCAUUAAACUGGGGCUGAAGCACUUCAACCAGACAGAUCUCCCCUACCAGCUCAUGUGUGCUACCUCAUCCGUAC